UCUCGUCUUGCCAGUCGCUGUUCGAUCGUGGUCAGAGCUGGUAACGCGAUUCUGUUACGGCUAGUGCACAGGCGCGAGGCGAUUUGCAGUUGUUUCUUCGCGACACGGGUUUUUCGCGCCCUCAGAUGCGCUUUUCCGCGCGCGCUUAGUUCGCAGAGAGUUUUUCCGUAGCGUCGAAAGUGCGAUCGGGUGUUUUUUCUGGCCUGGCGGAUACGAAAAAGAGGCGAAGAUGCUGCAACAGAUCCUUCGGGACAUGUACGUGGAUCCCGAGAUCUUGGCAGAACUGGACGAGGACUACAAGCAGAAGCUGUUCUGCAAGAUGCGGGAGGAACAAGUUAGAAGAUGGACGGUGUGGACGGACAAAUUGGGAGAUCAGCCUAGCUCGAAGUCGAAAAACAAGAAGAAGGUGGACUUUUUGAAAGGCACAGACGGUGAACCAUGGGUUUGGGUGAUGGGCGAACACCCCAACGACAGAUCCAUCGAAGACAUACUCAGAGACGAAUCCCUGGAGAAAGCCAGGAAACUGGCUGAAAAAGAGGUUGAAGCAGAGCUCUCCCAAUACCUAACCCCAAAAAUUGAAGACUUCCAAAUCACCCCAACCCCCAAAUUCGUCAUAGAAGACGACGCGGACAUAUACUGUUCUGUGGACGAGAUCAGAGAGAAGAUCAACAGUAAAAAGAGCAACAACCUGCUGACAAACUACUCGAUAAACAACUACAAGGACAAGAACAGAUAUAACAUAAUGAACGCUGACGUUUUUCAAGAUGUGGGCAAGAAUGCCACGCAGAAGGUGUCGCAGAAGGUUGCGCUGUGGGAGAAAAGACUGACUGAAGAGAGGACCUGUCAAAUACUGAAGAAUAUGCAGAAGAAGAGACAGGAGAUUGCAGCGCAGGCUGCUGAGGAUGAGAAAAUGCACGAGCAAGCUUGGAGGGAACAAGAAAGGAAAGCCAAAGAAGCCGAACAACAGAAGAGGGAGAUAGCAAGAAGGGCAAGGGAAGAACACAGACUGUCAGCCAACCUAGAAAUAGAUACCACGUACAGUACGGUGAACCAGGGGGUUCCCCCAGGAAGACAGGCGGUGCUGGAAUGGUUCAGAUCCAAAGACAAGAGUAGAUCGGGAGUCUGUGAUAAGAACGGCAACUUUUCUCCAUGGUUUCACGGUCUGAUAACCAGGGGAGAUGCUGAGAAGCUUCUGCUGGACCAGAAGUACGGUUCCUUUUUGGUCAGGCUGUCCGAGAAGAUUUGGGGCUACGCCAUCUCAUACAGGGCGAAGGAGAAGUGCAAACAUUACCUUAUCAACGCAGGUCCCAAGUAUAGUUUUACCGGUACAAACCAGAUGGAGCAUAAUACGCUAAGUGAUCUAGUGACCUACCACAAAACCCACCCGCUGUCACUGUCUGGCGGCGAAACGCUGAACCUCUCCUGCCCCAGACUCUCCGACACUGCCAUAAAGGAACUGGAAUAGGGGGGAAGAAGAUCAAGAGAAACCUCCGUCUCUAGUUCUGUGCUCUUAUCAAACGUAUGGCCUACUGUGAUCCUAGCUGGCAUUUUAUCGCUAACCAUUUAGAAACGAUUGAAAAGAUCGAAGUUAAUCAUACUCGUAUUUCCUAAGUUUUAUUACUCGAUAUUAGACUUAAGUUUCAUUGCAGUUUAUUAUAGGAUAAACGAUAUUAUAAUUUCUACGUCGCGAUUUCAUAUCGAAUGUGAGAAUAAAGAUAUUUCGAAUCGAA